UCAUGACCCAAUCAUGACCCCCACACCUGUAGCCUAAAGGUAUCCUUCCUUCCUAGUUCCGAUAUAUUUAUUAUUAUUACACCUAAGCAAAGGCAAUAGAUAAGUAUGAAUUUUGAUGGCUAACAACACGAAUUUAACAACAAACGGCGUCGGCACCACCACCGACAACGGCGGUCGGUCGGAGGUUUCUGCGGUGGGUCCUUCUGUACCUAAUGUGUACUGGACUCCCCAUGAACAGUCCAUGAUGAACCAACUCCUCUCCACAAAUGCCUCAUCUAAUUUGGUAAAGCGUUAUGCAAUAAUUGUGCUGAAGUUGCAAGAAAAGAAAACGUUAUACGAUGUGGCGCUACGUCAUAGAUGGAUGACUGUGAAGAGAAAUGGCAAGCAAAGGAAAGAUGGUAGUAAUUCAUCAAGGACGCAUAAAGAAAUAAAUGAAAAAGCUGCAUAUGAACAAGUGAAGCCAUCUUCUGAUGCUACCAAUGGUCAGCAUUAUGCUCAGUUAUCAACCUCGAUGGACGGCGAUGAAGGUAUUGAUGAUGAAAUAUCUUAUGAAGCUAAUGUUGGUGCUGCAUCACAGCUUCUUGAGCGAAAUCGUCAUGCCACAAAUCAAAUUUCUGCACACGGUUCUGCUUUCAAGGAAAAUGGCAAACGAAUGAAAGAUAAUAGCGAUUCAUCAAGCGGGCAUAAAUACAAAAAGGGAAAAGCUGCAUAUCAACAAGUGAAGUCAUCUUCUCAUAGUACAAAUCAUUCCAAUGGUCUUCAUCAUGCGCAGUUAUCAACCUCCGUAGACAGCGAUGAAGAUCCUGAUGAUGAAUUAUCUUACAAAGUUAUUAAUGGUCCUGCGGGGCAGCUUCUUGAGCAGAAUGAACAAGCCAUGAGUCAAAUUUCUGCUUCCAAGUUUCAUGUGUUGCAGGGGAACAUAAACAAUAAGCCUAUUUGUCAAAUGAUAAAUAACAUUGAUGCACUCAUGAAUGUAAGCUUAAAUGAUAUGCCUGAGAUGGAACAGUCGGCUUGCCAACGCUAUAAUUCCUCAAUGGCCAGACACCUAAACAUUGGUUGAUGACGAGUCACUUUGUUUUUUGUUUUCUUUUUCUUCUUAGAUUGAGAUUGUGAAUAUGGGUUUAGGGUUGAUGGAAGGAUUUUAUUCUUUUCAAGAUUUGAUAUGAUAAGUGCAUAUAUGGGUUAGUUUGGUUCGGUUUUUGGUUCA